AUGACUCCCAUCCUGUUGACUACGACGAACGAAAAGCAGCCAGAUUCGGUGGUUGCUUGGGACCCACUUGGUGGCUCUCCAGUGGUGGCGUUCUCUGGAGAACCUGCUCCUCGUGAAUCACUGACCGUUUUUAAUGGAGCUGUUGUGUGUGCUGCCGUCAAAAAACCCUUCAUCCAGGUGUGGAAUUUUCAGACUGCGACUACUGUUUACAAACGAAUACUCACAAAGGGCCCAGUUAGUGUAAUUACAUUUACCCCGGAUAACGAAUACAUGUUUACUGCUCUGGAGCGUGACGUAUACGUCUAUCAAACCAGCAGCGGCUGUUUGGUUGCUGUACUCGAUGGAUGUCAUUCUGCGAAAAUUGGACAGAUCAAACUUUCCUCUUGCUUUUCCACUCCUUCACUUCUGGUGACGGCUGACGUCUCAGGAUUUAUGGCCACCUGGUCUCUUGAUCGCCUGAUGGAAAAUCCAGGUUUGGUGACCACAAUUGAGACUUCACCGGAUGGAGAUAAUGGUCUGAAUUUUACCAAUCCAGAUACCAAAAAUACUCCUUUAUGGUAUCUCAUCCAAGCGAGCCAGGGAUUACCUUAUAUCGAAUUCAUGCAACAGAACCUGCUUGUUGCCGGGUCAGAAGGAUUAAAGAUGCUGGAUGCCCUGGACGGUACUGUCAUCUCUGUUGCAUUGACUAGCGUUGUUGGAGGACUGCAUAGUCUGUGUCAUUUGCCAGCCAUUGAUGGUAGAAUCAUCUCCGGUGGAACUGAAGGUCUGCUGUAUACAUGUAGUUUGGACCACACCAAGCGCAUCCUAGUACCGAAUAAGGAAGUCCGUCGAUGUUUCGUCAGUUCAAAAUUGCAGCCUGCGCAGAAAACUAUCAUCGCCCUCGUACUCUCCCCGGGUGAUCAUAACUUGCUUAUCGCAGGCUGUCGUGGCGGAACCGUCGAAGUGCUGCGUACAGAUUUCCUUCUUACAACCUUGCAGCAAUUCUCCGUGCUCAAUCCGACCAUCGCGGGAGAAAUUUCCAAUCCUCACCAAUUGACUGGCAUGUGUAUGGCAUCACGACCAGAUUGGCUCUCGUCUUUGGAGGCUCCCCGCCAACCUACUAAUUCGGAGCAAUCAAAGUUCAAUACGGAAGAUAGCUCAGGAUCGUCAAACAAAACAUUCUGUCUCAUUGAACCGCUUAAGCACCAUUUUGGAUGGCAUUUGGAUGACUUGGUUCGAAUUCGCCUCCCUUCCACAAACGAACGCUACGAUUUAUCUCACCACCGGGCCGACAUCUACAUGGAUGAUUUUUAUGAAGUGGCUAGUGGUAUUGUAGAAGACGAACCAGAUCCGGGUGAGGUGAAGCAGCUCAGAGCGGAAAUUGACAAACUGACGGAAAUCAACCGAAAUCUUCUCCGCCGUUUGGUUGAUCAUGAGCUUCGGUCGUGAUAUGUGAUCAUUCGGUCAUGUGAAUUAUUGCGCAGUGUUUCUCCCUUGCAAAUAGUUGAACAUGUCUUGAAUACCUGUACAGCUGUACCAUACAUUUCUU